AUGGAUGAUGGUGCACCUUAUCAUACCUCUAAGGCAGUAAAAGAGUGGGCAAAGAAUGUGUGGAUGAAUCGUGAAGAAUGGCCUGCACAAUUCCCUGAUUUAAAUCCAAUUGAGAAUCUCUGGAUGACUAUGAAGCGUUGUGUCUCAAAGAUAAGACAUAAAAUACACUCUACAGAGCAGAUGAAGGAUGAAUUACAGAAGAUAUGGGAUUCUAUUACGCAGAAGGAGAUACAGGAUCUUAUAGGGUCAAUGCCACAGCAGAUGAAGGCAGUAAUUGCUGCCAAGGGAGGUGCAACUAAAUAUUGA